UCAUAAGAGGAUUUAAUCAUGUAGAACUACUUGGAAAUCUUAGUCAGCAUGAAUGUACCACUGUUUUCUAUGAUGUCAUGAACAAUAACACAGACAAUUACUACUUUAGGGUGGAAAUGAAGAAUCCAGCGGAAUGGAAAUGGACAUAUUACAACCCCAUCAGCAUUUCUGUCUCCAAUGUACUGGAGCUUCCCAUCCUUACACCCACUCAUCUGCAACCAGUGAUGGAGAAAACUACAGUCAAUCUGAGCUGCUCUGCUGAAGCCCCCUGCCCCAAACAACCACCUACAAUAUCCUGGUCUAACAUCCCAGAAUCUGCAAACAUUACAACACAGUUACAGAAGAAACCUAAUAAAACCCAGUCAGUGUUUUCACACGUGAUCUUUAAAGCUUCACACACUGAUCACAGGAAGAACAUCUCCUGCACUGCUACAUAUGUAAUGCUACAAGUCCUGUUUUCUCCAAAAGAAACUCACAUCACCAUCGAUCCAUCCGAUUCAGUCUCUGUUGGCACCAAUGUGACUUUGACCUGCAAAAGCAAAGCCAGUCCAAAUGAAAUGAACUACACUUGGUACAAACGUGGACAGGAGAAAGAGCUGUAUUUUGGAGAACAACUAACCUUUCAUGUAAAUAGUGGAGGCUGGUACUUUUGCAUAGCAACAAACAUGCAUGGCAGUCAAACAUCAGAAGAGAUUCAUCUGAUUGUGGCAGAAUCACUGAUCAUCACAGAGUCAUUGAUCAUUGGCUGUGUAGGAGGAAUUUCAGCAUUUCUGUUCAUCUUUGUUCUGGUAAUACUUUUUCGAAGAUUGAAAAAAGUAAAGGCAUCUAUUAUUAGGGAAACUGACGUCUCAGAUCAGGGUCACGAAAAACAUGUGCAGGUCAACUCUGUUUACAUUAAUAGUGCUUUUUUUGAUGGGUGAAGAGCUAGAGAUGCCAAAGGAUGAGAAUGACAUUAACUACUAUGAGGAGAUAAAAUUCUCAUCUGCUCAAACCAAAAGCACCACCCAGAAGAUCUCAGGACAAGAGACAAUAUAUGUCAAUGAUAUAGUCUGUGGUUCAGGGAAAGAUUAGUUUACAUUGGAAUAAACAGCUUAUGAAUAAAAUCUUUAGCUU